CAUCCUCAGAAGGCGGAGGAUCACAGAAAGAGCUAGGUUAGAGCAGCUACUCAACAAGGCAAACAGCAGCUCCGUGCAGAAAAAAAGCACUUUUACCAGUCCGCAUCAAACAUCCACCGGGAUACAACGGACCACUAUCAUUUCUUCCGCCACAUAAAUGUCCCCAUGGAUUACUAACACACUAUCGUCGAAGAGCGGACGCGUUUCUCAGCCUGACAGCAAAGCCUCGGAUUCCUUACACUGGUCACCUAGAGGACUUGCAGAGAGAUGAAGACUCUAGAGGAGCCCCCCUACCUGACGGUAGGGACGGACGUGAGCGCCAAGUACAGAGGGGCUUUCUGUGAAGCCAAGAUUAAGACCGCCAAGAGGCUUGUCAAGGCCAAGGUGACCUUUAAACCAGAUCUGUCCACAGCUGAGGUCCACGAUGAAAACAUCAAAGGACCUCUGAAGGUGGGUGCUGUUGUUGAAGUAAAGAAUCAGGACGGCGUUUACCAAGAGGCCACAAUUAACAAGCUGACGGAUGCCAGUAUUUACACAGUCGUUUUCGACGACGGUGACGAGAAGACGCUGAGGCGUUCCUCUCUCUGCCUGAAAGGAGCGCGCCACUUUGCAGAAAGCGAGACACUCGACAGACUCCCUCUCACCAACCCUGAGCACUUUGGCACACCGGUCAUUGGCAAGAAGGGCAACCGCGGCCGGCGAUCAAACCCUAUUCAGGAGGAGGAGGCGUCCUCCUCGUCCAGCGAAGAAGAGGAGAGUGACCAGCGGCAGAAUGAAGACCUGUUUGGCAAAGUGGUCUGCGUGGAGGGAGCAGCCGCCGGCGACAAAAAGAAGACCACGUGGUACCCCGCUCUGGUCAUCUCCCCGGACUGCCAUGAAGACAUGACCGUGAAGAAGGACAACGUCUUCGUCCGCUCUUUCAAGGAUGGAAAAUUCUACAUGGUACUCCGGAAGGACGUCAGCGAGAUGAGCUGUGAGAUUCCUCCAAAAGCCGACGCAGGGCUCAAACCAGCGCUGGACGCAGCGUUGGAGUUCCUGCAGAAACAGGUUGUUCCCAGUUCCUGGAAGACAGAGGUGAAAGAGGAGAGCUCCAGCAGCGAGGAGGAAGACGACGACGAGGAAGACGAGCAGGAAGAAGACGCCAGCGGGGAAGAGGAGGAGGAGGAGGUGGAGCCGUUCCCAGAGGAGAGGGAGAACUUCCUGCAGCAGCUCUACAAGUUCAUGGAGGACAGAGGAACCCCCAUCAACAAGCGGCCCGUUCUUGGCUACAGGAACCUGAACCUCUUCAAGCUCUACAGGCUGGUUCACAAACUGGGUGGCUUUGACAACAUUGAAAGCGGCUCCGUCUGGAAGCAGGUCUACCAGGAUCUGGGCAUCCCGGUGCUCAACUCAGCUGCUGGCUACAACGUCAAGUGUGCUUACCGCAAGUAUCUGUACGGAUUCGAGGAAUACUGCACCUCCACUGCCAUCACCUUCAAGAUGGACCUGCCUUUGAAGCCGGGUCCCAAGAGGGAGGUGAAGCCUGAGGAGGAGGAGGCGGGGAGAGCGGCUCCCGCCACCUCCGUCUCAGAAGAGCAGGAAACCCGGUUGGACGAAGCGCUUUGCAUUCCGCCAUCUGUUCACUGCAAGGAAGAAAAAAACGACUUAACCCAAAUCAAGUCAGAGUCUGAACCGUCCAAGGCAGAGGGAGCGGACAGCAGACAGAACGACGACGAUGAAGAAGCAGAAGAAGAAGAAGAGGAAGAAGAAGAAGGUUCUUCGAAGGCAGACGCCGAUGAGGGCUCAUCCACAUCUCGCCUCGGAGGCGAGAACGUGAAAAUGGAGCUGGAGGACGGGCAGGAGAGCAAGGAUAACUCUGGGGAUGACAGCAGUCAGGAGGGGGAGGAAGGGGAGGAGUUUGAGUGUUACCCCCCGGGGAUGAAGGUGCAGGUGAGGUAUGGGCGAGGCCGCACUCUGAAGACGUACGAGGCCACUGUGAAAGAGGCAGACGUGGAGGGGGGAGAGGUGCUCUACCUGGUGCACUACUGUGGCUGGAACGUCAGAUAUGAUGAAUGGAUCAAAGCCGACAAGAUCGUGCGCCCGGCGAAUAAGAACGUCCCCAAAAUAAAGCACCGCAAAAAAAUAAAGAACAAAGGCGAGAGGGACCGGCUGGAGAGGCUCGGCGACAGGGAGGUCCUCGGCCCGAACCGCCUCCCGCGCUCCAAGUGCGGCCUGAGUCAGGACGUCUUCUCCAAAAUGAGCGAGGGGGAGGAGAAAGGGGCUCAGCAGUCUCCCGUCAAGUCGAUAGAAAUCACGUCCAUCCUCAACGGAUUGCAAGCCUCCGAGAUGUCCACGGACGAGAGCGAGCGCGAGGACGAGGAGCCGGAGCGCCACGAGGACGAUCAACCCAGCGGCAGCGUCCGGCGAGGUCCGACGGAGCCGCCCCAAGCGUCUGAGCGCUGGGAGAGCGGCGUCCCCCCCGAAGGGUCCAAAGUGUCCUCCGUCUCAGGGAAGGUGCCGGACGCGGUCAGCGCAGAAAGCCCGGAUGGCGGGAAGCGCAGAGGCCAGCCCGAGUCGGAGAGAGAGGUGGGCACCAGGAAGAGGAAGUCUGACGGCGCCGCGGAGAGGACCACCAAGGGUCAGUCCAAAGUCAAGACCCGGAACACCAGGAGCGCUGACUGGUUACCGAGCGGCUCUCCUCGGAAGCUGGAGGAGCGGGGGGCCGGUCCCGGAGGGGAGAGGGGGGCUUUGUCCAGCAGCAGCUCAGAGGACGAGAGCGCCGCGGUGGCGGAGAUGCCGGCUGAGGAGAACGAGCGAAGCCGCACGAAACCCAAAGGCCCCCCUUCCAAGAAGUACAACGGCAUGAAGGAGAAGAGCAAAGCUGGACGGCAGGCCGGCUUCUGGGAGGUUCCUGAGAAGAGGGCCAAGGGGUCUGGGAGCGCCGAGGAAAAGGCCGCCAUCCGGCCCAAAGGACAAAAGGACGUGUGGUCCAGCAUCCAGGCCCAGUGGCCAAAGAAGACCCUCAAAGAGCUGUUCUCCGACUCGGACACGGAAGCGGCCAACUCUCCCCCGCCUCCGGUGCCGCCGUGUCUGGACGAGUCCAGAGCGGACGAGGAGGCGGGACCUGAGGACGACGGCUCGGAGGAGCAGAUGGAGAACAACAAGCUGCAGGAGUUCCCCAGCAGCGGAAGCAACUCCGUGCUCAACACCCCUCCUACAACGCCCGAGUCUCCCUCAGGAGGCGCAAGCACAGCGGAGGACUGCGGUCAAGCUCAGCCUCCGUCUCCGCCGCCGUCCCUGACCCCCGCUUUGCCCUCAGAGCCGGUUUCUGACGCUCUGCCCCCCGAUCCGAUACAGGAGGAAGCGGCGGGCGGACGCAGCGAGACGGACAGCAGCACCGUGGAGGUGGAGAGCCUGGGCGGGGAGCUGCAGGAGCUGCCCCAGGACGACGGGGCCGCUUCCCCCUCCAAGGUCUACGACGUCGGUCUGUCGUGUAACAGCAGCAGCAGCUUAGAGCUGAGCAGCAGCAGCCACCAGGACAGCGAGCAGAAGGCCAAAGGUGCAGCGUCUGUGAGUCAGAAGAGGCAGAAGGAUUCGCAGCCGGCUGGAGUCUCAAAGAAACACAAACCUUCGCGUAAAAGCCUCGGUGUGCCUCCCAAGAAGAACAGGAAAACAGCUAACAGCAGUGACAGCGAGGACCAGUCUGUCGUCGAGGCCACGACCAAGUCGGCUGCCUGUAAGAACAGCGCAUCAGACCUGAAGGCCGCCGCGUCGCCCAAGUAUCACGGCCGAUCUCCCCCCUCCAGCCAUAAGUACCACAAGCAGGGGGACACAGACCACCACAGGGACAGCCAUGGAAGAUCGCCCCGCGUGUACAAAUGGAGCUUCCAGAUGUCUGAUCUGGAAAAGAUGAGCAGCCUGGAGAGGAUUUCAUUUCUUCAGGAGAAACUGCAAGACAUCCGGAACCACUACCUCUCCCUUAAGUCGGAGGUGGCCUCCAUCGACAGGAGACGAAAGCGCAUGAAGAAGAAGGAAAGGGAAAGCACCGUGGCAGCUUCCUCCUCCUCCUCCUCCUCUUCCUCACCAUCCUCGAGCUCGCUAACAGCAGCGGUCAUGCUGACGCUGGCCGACCCUCCGGUGCCGUCUUCGUCCUCCUCGUCUCAGAACUCGGGGGUGUCCGUGGAGUGCAGGUGACAGGACGAAGCCGCAGCAGCUAGCAGCCACCGCACCAAGCACUUAACCAGCACCCCGAGGUCGCCGGCCCCUUUCCUUUUCAGCAGGACGGCGAGACGAACCUGAGCGGUCCGCCGUCCGUCGCUGCUGCUGGGGGCACAAAAAAAGCCAGACAAGAAACAAGCACUAUUUUCUACUGACAACUGUUUCCUCGGCAAGCUAUUCGCACUUAAGUGCACUUUUAGGAAGAUUGUGUUUAGGGGAGGGGAGACGAAAUUUGUCCAAAACAAAAAAAGAAAGAAAAAAAAAAAAAAAGAUCAUGUAGAUUUUACGUUUGCGCUUUCUUUCAUCGACUUAUUUUUUUACAAGCAAUAACGGUUCCCAUUUGAUCGAGUUGGUAUGGGAUCCUAUCCCGUGGCGUGCCGCGAAGCGCUCCGACGUCGCUCCUCUCACCUACAGGCGUGUAGCCCUGUGGAAGGAAGUGGAUUUGGUUUCAGCCCAUCUCCUCUGAUAAGCCCAGUGGACGCAGGUGGAAUGAUGCUGCAGUGCCUUUUGUUCGCCUGGAGAAAGGACGGUCCGUUUUCUGCAGGCUGUGAGCGAGCGGGCGGGCGGCGAGGGGCUUCGUCUGACGGAUAACGAUGAAUGCUUUCCAUGUAUUUAAGAAUCUACUACUGAAUACUCAUCCAUCUUGGGUAUUACUGUUGAGUGUGGCAGUAUAAAAUGUGCAGUGAUGAAACUGGUGAAUGAUCACAUCAUAAGUUUUUUUUUUUUUUGUUGUUGUUGUUGUUUUUAAGCCUGUCUGCUUUAACUCGUCACGUUUUCCUCGGUCCAUUAAACCUCCGGCCUGCCCUCCUUCACUGAAGACACGAUGUCUGUAACUGGAUCAAACUAACUGCAGCUGCAUCCCAAUACAUUAGAAAAUAAGCAAAAGCUUAAUUUAUGUCAGUAAUUCAUAAAAAGCUAAACUCCUAUUCAUAUUCACUGCAGUCAGAGUAACUAGCUACAACCGCUAAUGGCUACUGAUUCAGGCGAUCUUUCUUAGAAAUUUGACUAUUAGGACCAAUGAAAAGGAUUUUAAGGACAAAUGUUAUCUACCCGAUCAUGGUGAAGAUUGAUGGCAGUGGUCCAGCAGAAAGUCAAGUCAAUAUAAAGAAGUUGGCUGUGUUGUGUCCAAAACAAAAUGGAAAGUUUAGUGGAAGGAAAAAUUUUUUUGAAAACUGUCUACAAACAGCAGAGAUAGUGGCAGCCUUAGAAGGCUUGGUGUUUCUCGUCUCCCUCUUGAUAAUACUCAUUGGAUUCUCUGAGGUUUAGGGCAGGCUAGUCUGCUGGCUAGACGAGCGCAGUAAUACCGUGGUCAUUAAAACCAGGUGCCGGUACCUUUUUUGAAGCACGGUCACGUUAAAGGUCUUGUAUGACAAAUCAUCGCCGGCUGUGGAGUCGCCAUUCUGGUCUUACAGCAACUAUGAGUCUGUGCCUUUUCUCUCACUCACAUACAUAAAAAACUGCUGUUUAAAUGUUUAUAACCUAAUGUCUGUGCACCGUGAGCAGUGCAACCACAGCCAAUUUCCUUGUGCACGCAGUCAUGGCCAAUAAAGCUGAUUCUGAUUAUUUUUCCUUCCACUCAACUUUCCAGUAAAAUGCAUUUAAUACAGCACUCGUCCACACUUAGUGAAUCUCCCCCAAAACACUUGAUUGGGCUUUACUUGACAAUGUUGCCAAGGCUGUGUUUAUCCCUGUUGCUUGUGCACCUCUUUCUAUCACAGUUUUUCCUUCCACACAACUUUCCCUCAAUACGUUUUUCCCUCAGUGACGGACUCAACACACCACGGCCGUGUUCGUCUGAUGAAAAUGUUCUAAUUUAUUGUUCUGCUCGUCAAAAUGAGCGAAGAUAAACGUUGGCGAUGCGUCACUGUGUGUGUUCCCCCCAAAAAAAGUAAAAAACAAAUCAACUGGACUUGUUUUCCGUAGUUGAAGACGUUUCGCUUCCUCUCCAGGAAGCUUUCUCAAUUUAAAAAGUCUGGAGUAAUGUGGAAUAACGAGCUUUAUACUACUGCCAAACAAAGGUCUUGUAAUGGCAUUAGAUCACAUGCAAAUACAACCGAAACAGGUCUACGCCCUUAGUAAUGGGCGGUCGUUAAAGACGUUGAAAUGUCUUCAACUACAAAAAACAAGUCCAGUUUCUUUGUUUUUUACUUUUUUUUUUGGAAAUGACCAUGACCUGGAUGACUGAGAAUCUUCACCAGUCACUGUGUGUGAUGAAACUAAACGAUGGGUUUCACCUUUUGACCUGAAAUGCAGUCAUAGAUGAACUUUUCAGUGAUAUUCCAAUUUAUUGAGAUGCACCAUGUAUUUAGGUACCGCCUGAAGCAUUAAAGAGGCAAGAAUCCUACGUUUGCAGUAUUUCCAAAAAAAAAGAAAGUUUUACAUCUAUUGUUUGUAUUUUUGCCACGUUGAGUUUUCUGACUGUCCUCCUGAACAGUAACGACGUGCAGGCCUGUUCUCGUUCUCAUCCCUACCAGAACCCUUCCCUGUACUCCGAGCAGAGUAAAGGUAGAGCUAUUGUAAAUGUGCAUUUAUAUCACAAAGUGACGUUCGUGUGAACACUUCUAACGACAUCCCUCUGGUGUUUUUCCCUUUUGUAUAGAGCCCCCCCUGCUGUAUAAUAACCUGAAGUUACAUUUUUGUCCAGCACUUGUAUGUAACUGUAUGCUUUUGUUAUACAUUUGUAUAUUGAGAAGUGUUUUGAGUCAAGCUAUUUAAUAUCUUGCACUGUUAAUAACAUGUACUUUUCUGUACAGACAGUUUUACGGUUUUAAGUGUAGUUUAAGUGUAAAUACUGAGGGUUAGAGCAUGUUUAUUCUUCAUGACUUAAUUUUUUUUCCUGGUUUUCCCUUCUUUUAUGUUCCAUUCAGUCCAAUUCCUGAUAGUUUGUUGUUGUUCUUUUUUCUAUUUUUUUUUUUCAUUUCAUUUUCUCUGUAGUUUGUACUUACUUUAGUUUUUCUGUUUGAUUUUGCUUGUCAGAGAAGAAUUAUGGUUUUGGAUGCGGCUGAACCGUUUUCCAGCAAAUACACGGCCUGCAGCAUCGUAGAGCAAGACAAACUAAAGCAGCUUGUCAGAAUAAAUUUAAAAAAAGAAAAGCCUCAUGGUAUUUAUUAGGCUCAUCUGAUGAUGGUCAUUGUGUAAUUUAUUGUAAAAAUGUAAGCAAAGCAGAUGCCUCUGUUUGAAAUAAAUGCCAUAGUUUGUGAA